CUCUCUCUCUUUUGCUCAGGGGCUUUCCCGUAACCAAGCGCACAUACACAAGCUCCCUCCUCCCCCUCUAGGUAGACAAAGCCAUGUUUCUCGGUGCUGCGGGUCCAGCGCAAUGAACUACCAGCUCAGACCCUGCCUCAAACUUACGGGAAACCACUUCUCGCAGCGAGCUAGAGGACUGACAGGCAGACGGACGGACACGACGUACUGUUAAAACAUACGGACUAGAGACGUCCCUUGACAGCUAGCUGCUGGUCAUGGACUAUGUUUGAGGGGUUCUGCUGGCCCGCAGCAUCUCGGCCUCGACGGCUUGUCCUUCGUUCAUGCCAUAUAAGCACGGCAUCCGACGACGUUUUCCUUUCUUGUUCUCGGGCCCUCGACGCCAGUCAGUCAGUCAUCUUUGCGACCUUUAUGUGUGUUAAACGGCUGGAUUGAUUCCCACACCCCCUUUUCUCUUCUUCUCCUUUUCUCGUUCUGUUCUGGCCUUUUUUGUUUUGGACUGUGGCUAGAACAAAGUCUUGUCAGAGCUCUUUGCGGCCAACAGACAGAAGGAAACGAGACAACAGUAACGAGAGACAACAGCGGCUAGAGAACAGCGAAUACCCCCUUUUAUUGUUAUUAUCAUUAUUUUGCUUCUCUUCUGAAUUCCCAUAUCCAUUUCCUCUCUGCCCAUCAUGGACUACGUACGCUCCCUCAUCGGCGUCAAGACGAAGCGUAUCCGUGUGCCCAAGGUGGCCACGGACGACGUCUACCCCGUCCACUUCUUCGACGACACGAAGCCCUUCCGCGAGAUGCUCCUCAACUGGACCCUCCGCUUCGACGACGUGCUCGACGCCGAAAAGCUCCACGUCUCGCUCUCCAGGCUCCUGGAGAUUGGCGACUGGAGGAAGCUCGGCGGACGUAUGCGCUUGACUGACGACAACAAACUCGAGCUCCACGUCCCCCAGCAGUUCACCACCGCCCGCCCCGCCAUCCGCUUCUCCCACGACGUCCACGACUUCAGCAUCAAGGAACACAACACGGCCAAGCACCUCCCCACCGCCACCGCCAAGGCGUCCGUCCAGCCCGGCGUCAUCAACUUCUACCACCUCGGCGCCCGCCAGGACGCGCCCCUGACCCUCGAGGACCUCCUCUGCUCCGACGAGCCCGGCAUCUCGCUGCACGUCGUCUCCUUCAACGACGCCACCCUCGUCGGCCUGCUCUUCUCUCACGUCCUCUUCGGCGCCGCCGGCAUGCAGGCCCUCGUCGAGGCCUGGUCCCAGGUCCUCGCGGGCCGCGAGGUCGAGGUCCCCGCCAUCCACGGCGCCCGCAAGGACAUCCUCGACGACGUCGGCGUCGAGACGGACCCGGAGAAGGAGCCCUUCCUGCUCGAUCCCCGCCAGCUCAAGGGCUUCCGCCGCUUCCGCUUCGGCCUGCGCUUCCUCUGGGACAUCGUCCGGCGCCCCGAGAUCGAGUCUAAGAUCCUCUGUCUGCCCGCCGACUUCGUCGCUGGCCUCCGCGCCCGCGCCAUGGCUGACCUGCACGCCAUGGACGAGAAGGGCCUCGGCACCGAGGAGGCCCCCUUCGUCAGCGAGGGCGACGUCCUCACCGCCUGGUGGACCCGCCUCGUCUGCGUCGCCCGCGGGUCCAACCGGCCCGUCACCGUUCUCAACGCCGUCGACAUCACCGGCCGCCUCAAGAGCGUCUUCGCACCGGGCAAGCUCUACGUUCAGAACUUCGCCCUCGGCACCUGGACCCUCCUCAGCGCCGCCGAGGUCAUGAAGGCUCCCCUCGGCUACGUCGCCCGCUGCUUCCGCUACGACAUCCAGACCCAGACCACCCCGUCCCAGAUCAUGGCUUUCAUGCGCCGCCUGCGCUCCUGCGGCCGCUGCCGGACCCAGCCAUUGUUCGGCGAUACCAACAGCCUGCUCAUCAUCUUCACCAACUGGGCCCGCUGCAAGUUCUUUGAUUGUAUCGACUUCUCCCCGGCAGUCAUCCCCCGCAUCUCAGAACCUGUUGCUUCAGAUGCUGCUGCUGCUAAUGCUGCUGCUGCUGCUGCUGCUACCGGCACUACCGGUGUCAACGGAGAUAUCCAGCCCGCCGCUGACUCCAUCACACCCAACGGCGCCGGCGACCCGGAGAAGAACAAGGCAAACAACAACGCCAGCAUCGGCGAGGUCCUUAGCCGCCCGCCCCCCGGCAAGAUCGCCUACCACCACUCCCUCGCCCGCACCCGCAGCAUCCUCUCCCGCAACGUCUUCACCAUCCUCGGCAAGGACCUCAACGGCAACUACUGGGUCUCGGCCCUCGCCCACCCGGAGUGCUGGGACAAGCUCGAGAAGGAGGUCGCCAUCUCCUCCAUGGACGAGCUCAGGCGGCUCAACCCCCAGCCCAUGAACUGA